CAAGUUGAAACCGCGAGAGAGCUGCGAGUAUCUAACUGUACGAGUUCUCGCAAUCCUCAACUUCUUUUCCUCUUCUCAUCUUUUUUUCUUUGUCUUAUCAUCUUCAAAAAAAAAUCAUUUUUCAAACAUUUCUUUCUUCUCUCACUUUAUUCCCUUAUUUUCUUUCAUCCAUUCUAAGUGGUGAUUGGUGUUGCAUCUUUGAUGACAAAGUGACUCAAAAAGUUAAGAAGAAGUUUUUUUCUCUCUGCUAAAUUUUUACGUUCGUUAAUAUUCCUUUUUUUUAAUUUCUUUAAUUUUUUUAUUUUUGUUGAGUGUUCACAAGUGUGUAAGUGUUGAUGUUAGUGAUACUCGAGUGUUAUCGAGUGUUUCGUGUACGUGUCAGCACAACGAAAAUAUCAACAAGGUCUGUUGGGGAUACCGAAAUGUAUCUAAACUGAACAAGACAAUUUCUGACGUAUGACGAUAAAAAACCAAAGAAAUAAAACUGUGAUAUCGAAGAAGAACUAUGACAAUAAAAAUGAUGAAGGAUAAAAAUAUAGUGAAAAGGACGAUAUGAAGAAUGGUGAAAAAUAAGGAAAAAGAAGAAGAAAAAAAAGAAAAAUAAUAUAAGUGUAUUUAGUUGUGCGGUGUAAUAGUGAAAGAGAUUGAUAUUAUCAUGUUCAUGAUGGUUGAACCACGGGACAGCAACGAUAGGCUGUCAGGCUGUUCGCCACAAACUCAGCAUCAUUGUUAUCAAGUGAUUAGAACAACAAGGGUACAUCACAGCUCACGAAGUUCCAGGAUGGUCAGCGUACAGGAAAAAGUUAUCAGAUCUCGCCUACAGUUAGGCUACUCUACACCUACGUCCUUCAUUAAUCGUUUUCCACAAAAGAUGGAACGCCCAUCGCAUAGUUCGAAUGUUAAUCAAUUACACAGUGGAAAUGUACAUGGUGUUUAUUCGUCUGGAAGUCAGACCAGUCUCUCAACAUCCUACGUCACUGGACAAUCUUACAUGCAGGGUCAAAAUUACGCACAUGGUGCAUACUCAUCGCCCAAUGUGCAUACAGGCUAUCCGCAUACCACCUACUCUCAACCACAAAGUUAUGGUACUAUGGUGCAGGGAUAUGGUGGACAACCCCAAAUGGCUUACCAACAAAAUCAUCUUAAAAAAGGGACCGUAAGAAACGGUGAUGUCUUGAAGAGAUGCAGACUUCAAACUGCGUAUGAACUCUCUCAAGAUCUUCUUGACAAGCAAAUCGAGAUGUUGGAACGAAAAUAUGGAGGUGUUAAGGCAAGGAAUGCAGCAUUGACGAUUCAACGUGCGUUUAGAAGAUACACGUUGUUAAAAAAGUUUGCCGCAAUAACGGCAAUGGCAAAAGCUGAAAAAAGAUUGAGUAGAAAAUUACAAGACCCAGUUGAUCGUCCAAUUAAUGCGAAUGAUCACGAAAGGAUGGCCUAUCAUAGUCAGAUAUAUAUACAGCAAACGCAAACAGCAAAUAGGCCGAUGCCUAUCAGGAGUAUGUCGCUUAGGGAGAGGAGACACGUGGAUAAUUCACAAUCACCGAUACCCAGAAGUCAAAGUGGAAGAUGUGAGAUUCAAAUAGGUGGUGGACAUCAACACGGAAAUCAUAGUUUGCAUCAAAGUGGUAGACAUACACCAUCGUUAGCACCUAGUCCGUGCAACAGACAUCAGGCUUUACCACCUAGCCCUUGCUGGGAAUCGAGCUCUCAGGAGAGUGGCUCCAGUAUCCAUUACUACAAUCCACAGGAUACCUUGUGUGGUCUUAGACAAGAUACACCCCCUAGAGAUUUACUUCGAACACCAUGCACUUCUCCGUCUGGGCCACACAAUCUUCAGACCCCGAUAACGCAGAACUGGAACAACACGAGCCAACUUAGCUCUGCCGGUAGAUCCAGGGGUUCUGGUAAGAAAGUUCCACCGGAAGUUCCAAAAAGAACGUCUUCCAUCACAUCGAGAUCAAUGGAACCGCGUCACAAUGGUCUGAGCAAAAGCGUAGAAAACGGUAGCCUGAGCUCAGUCCAAAGUUCCGGUAGCGACUCCACCAACUGUGAGAGUUCCGAGGGUGACGCUCAGAGAGGGUCACCGGUAUGGAAACACAAAGGAAUCUCGAGUUCACCUGAACAUCAAGAUUGUGCAAGUCAUACUACGGAAACUGGGACGAUAAUAAAUAGCGUUAAGGAUCUAAGUCAUUCGCAUGCUAGUUCAAGUUAUCAAUUACCUUUAAUGGACCAUGCCGAUUCGUUACCACAAACAAGUUACAAAGUAUCCGAGACUGUGAGGAAACGUCAAUAUAGGGUCGGAUUAAAUCUUUUCAAUAAAAAGCCCGAAAGAGGAAUAAGUUAUUUGAUAAGACGAGGAUUCCUUGAGAACAGUCCACAAGGAGUAGCGAGGUUUCUCAUUAGUAGAAAGGGAUUAUCUAAACAGAUGAUCGGGGAAUAUCUUGGGAAUUUACAAAAUACCUUUAACAUGGCGGUAUUAGAAUACUUUUCUCAGGAAUUAGAUUUAUCGGGUAUGCAAGUAGACGUUGCAUUGCGAAAAUUCCAAGCGUACUUUAGAAUGCCAGGAGAAGCACAGAAGAUCGAACGAUUAAUGGAAGUCUUCAGUCAACGUUACUGUCAAUGCAAUCCCGACGUUGUAUCGAGAUUACGAUCGGCGGAUACAGUAUUUGUUUUAGCCUUUGCUAUAAUCAUGCUGAAUACAGAUUUACAUACGCCAAAUCUUAAACCGGAACGUAGAAUGAGACUUGAUGAUUUCGUUAAGAAUCUCAGGGGUAUUGAUGAUUGCGGUGACAUUGAUAAAGACAUACUCGUUGGCAUUUACGAGAGAGUCAAAGACAACGAAUUUAAACCAGGAUCGGAUCAUGUAUCUCAAGUUAUGAAAGUCCAAGCUACGAUAGUUGGAAAGAAACCAAAUAUGGCUCUACCGCAUAGAAGAUUGGUCUGUUACUGCAGACUAUAUGAAAUACCGGAUAUUUACAAAAAAGAAAGACCCGGUGUUCAUCAGAGAGAGGUUUUCCUUUUUAACGACUUGCUCGUCGUUACAAAAAUUUUGAGCAAGAAAAAGAACAGUGUCACCUACACCUUUAGACAAAGUUUUCCACUUUGCGGUAUAAUCGUAACGUUAUUCGAGGUUCCUCACUAUCCAUACGUUAUAAGAUUAUCUCAACGAGUAGAUAGUAAAAUCUUAGUCACAUUCAAUGCAAGGAACGAACACGAUAGAUGUAAAUUUGUGGAAGAUCUUCGCGAGUCUAUCAGCGAAAUGGAUGAAAUGGAAACAUUGAGAAUCGAAACGGAAUUAGAACGACAAAAGAGUAGUAGAGGUGCGAGAGGUGGCGCAGAGAACAGAGAUUCUGGUGUAGCUGAUGUUGAAGUAUGUCCUUGUCCAGGACCAUGUUCUGAAAGAUCAGAGACCGUUGAUAUGGAUUCACAAUUGAAACGAUCUGCAUUGAGUAACUCGUUACUUGAUAUACAUGAACAAUUUGCUGGUGAGAAACCGCAACGCCGUGGGAGCGUAGGCUCGUUAGAUAGCGGUAUGUCAAUUUCUUUUCAAUCCACUUCUGCCAGUUCUAUAGGUCAGGGAAUCAAACAUCCCGGACAACAAGUUCAUCCUGUACACCCGGGUAGUACGAUUCCUGGCGUUAGCAAAAGCCUCGCUCAGCAGCCAUCUUUUUUAGGCGGCCUCUUUGCUAAACGCGAACGAAAGUUAUCACAAUCGGAAGACUCCACUCCUUAUAGUCGCACUACAGAAGUAUAAUGUAUCCUUCGAAUAGUAUUUAAGAUACGCAAACGAAGUAUGUUCAGUUUUAUUUUAAUACGCUUUGUGCAAAUACUGAACUGUCAUAAUACUUGCUGAAUACGACCAUUUAAACGAAAAUUUAAUUUUCUCAAAUAUAUUUUUCAAAUUAAAAAAUACAAAUUAUAGUAUAAAGAU